ACACUCAACCCUUCAUACAAAACAAGAACAAAAGAAAAGAGAUAGUCAAUAGAGAUCAUGGCAGGGAUGAAGGUGAGUGUCUGCAUGGUGGCGUUGAUGGUGGUGUGCAUGGCUGUAGGGUGGCAAAAGGGGGAAGGGGCAGUAACGUGUGGGACAGUGACUAGUUGUUUAGCGCCGUGCAUGCCCUUGGCAAAGGGCACUGGAGGGUUAAGUCCGGCUUGUUGUGCUGGGGUGAAAAGGCUCAAUACCUUGGCGGCAACUACUGCGGAUAGGAAGACGGCGUGCGGUUGCCUGAAGACCAUCGGUAAUGCCCUAAAAAAGGCUAACUGGGGGGCUAUUGAAGCUGUGCCGGCCAAGUGUGGUGUUAGUGUCGGUUACAAGAUUAGCCCUUCCACUGACUGCUCUACGGUGCACUAAAAGGACUUGGAGACGAGACCCUCCUGAUAAGAAGGGAUUCAGUAUGGCGUAGUACAAUAUCUAGAAUGAGAAUAAUAAGGUGACAAGUGUAUUGCCAUCCACCGUCUGUUGUGUGGUUGGGUGCCAUAUAUAUACAUAUAUACUUAUAUAUAUAUUUGUCGCCAGGGCUUUUAUCUUUGUUUAUUUUAUUUUUCACUAUUAUGAUGUCGCUUGUAUGUGCCCAUUACCUGUCUAUUCUGGGCCUGCAUUAUCUAUCUAUCUAUCUAUCUAUCUUUUUAUUAAUGGAGUUGCUUAUUAUAUA